AUGAUGAUACCGCCUCCCGCCCCGUCGCUAUCCAGCGUCACCGACUACUAUCCAUCCUCCACCACUCUAUCUACCUCGUCCGUGGAUACGGGACUCGCCUCUGAUCUCGCCAGACAUGAUAUCCUCGAAGACGACGGCAACGGGGUCCUCGUCGUGCCUCAAACGCACUCUCCAAGCGAGAGCCAAUCCUUCAUCCAGACCCCGGCGCCUAGGAUCUCAAAUACCCGACCGAUCUUCUAUUCCUCACGCGCUUAUUACGAUUAUGAUGACUACGAUAACGCAACCAACAACCACAACUACAACUACGCCUGUCUUUUCCACAUCCUGAACUGCCAUGAGACUUUCACCGAUAUCGAACACUGGAAAACUCAUGUGCUGAGCCAUUUCCGCACGCACCAGCCGCCUCCUAUGGCGCGCUGCCCUAUCUGUCCUACCAUCACCUCUCCCACUUCUCCCACCAACACCAACAACACCCCCAAUAACAUCUUCACAGACACUCCCCACAGCCGCGCCUGGGACGCCCUCCUUGACCACAUCGACACAGUCCAUUACCAGCACGGCCACACUCUAGCCAACACCCGUCCGGACUUUGAACUGCUGCGCUACCUUUUCCGGCUGCGCAUUAUCAGCGAGGAGCAGUUUAAGUUGGUGCAGGUGGUGCCGGGGGCGGGGAGUCCAGGGUAUCAGCGGGGGAUGGAACCUGCGAGGGCCAGGAUGGGGAGUGCAGAGGAACCGUUCUGUGCGGCUUAUAGUAGACGGAGAGAGAGGAGGAUGACGGAGGAGAGGAGGAGAGGAUGGGGUGUUGCUUAA